AUGCUGCUGUUCAGAUCUCUGGGUCUGCAGGGUGAGCGCCUGUAUCUUACCUGUAGGGCUGCCUGCAUCCCCCAGACAGUUCCGGCUGGCCUGAUAAGCUUCGAAUCCUCGUGGUCUCAGACACUGUGCCGGAACCAAGGCUGCCUUCCAGAACCCAAGACGCAGACUACGUCGUACACCACGAGGCCAGGCAACAGCGGAGUCCCGACGUCUUCGCAGACAUGGGCUCGCUGGCGUCAUACGUCCAUCUUACACUCGCAUCCAGAUCGUUGUCCAGCAGCCCGUCGCCUUGUCGCCAUAACGGACUCGACCCGCCGCCAGCAGGCCGGCAACAGAGCUGCUGCCCACAAUGCCAUCGCGAGGCAGCCUCCAGGCCAAGGUCGAUCGUCUGCAGUGAGGCGUCUCGGUGCUACGGGAUCCGGCAUGUCCGGCAACAGGCUCUCUCUGUACUCGUAA